AAGCAGAGCAAGUGAGCAACCCCUUCUCUCUCUCUCUACCCCAAGAUCCAAGAACACAAGACGAAGGUGAAGAUGAUGCUCCGGCUCGUCCGUGAAGCUAGGAGGGCGGCUACUUCCUCGGAGUUGGCCGGCAGGGCAGGCGCCAGGCGGUGGCUAUCGACGGCGAUGAAGGGAAGGCUGGAGGGAAAGACUGCACUGAUAACCGGAGGAGCAAGUGGGCUGGGUAAGGCCACAGCCCAUGAGUUCAUCCAAGAGGGCGCAUGCGUGGUUCUCGCCGACAUCAAUUCGCAGCUGGGCCUCCAAACAGCCGAGGAACUCGGCCCGCAGGCCCACUUCGUCCACUGCGACGUCGUCCUCGAGGACAGCGUGGCCGGGGCAGUGGACACCGCCGUCGCGAGGCACGGCCGGCUCGACGUCAUGUUCAACAGCGCCGGCAUCGUGGGAUCUCUCUCCGGCACUUCGGACAUGGCAACCCUGGACCUGGACCAGUUCGACGACAUCAUGCGCGUGAACCUGCGCGGCACUCUGGCAGGGAUCAAGCACGCGACGCGCGUCAUGGCGCCGGCGGGCUCCGGCUCCAUCCUCUGCAUGGGCAGCAUCAGUGGUAUCAUGGGGAGCCUUGGCUCGUAUCCCUACUCGCUUUCCAAGCUCGCCAUCGCCGGCAUCGUCAGGACAGCCGCCGCGGAGCUCGCCCGUCACGGCGUCCGCGUCAACUGCAUUUCGCCACACGCCGUCGCGACGCCGAUGGUGGUGCGGCAGUUCUCGCAGAUGCUCCAGGGCGCCGACGAGGCCACGGUGACGGCCAUCAUCCGGAGUCUCGGCGAGCUCAAGGGCGCUGCGUGCGAGGCGGUGGACGUGGCCAGGGCUGCCGUCUACCUCGCCUCCGACGACGGCAAGUACGUGUCCGGCCACAACCUGGUUGUGGACGGUGGGUUCACCACCUACAAGUAUAUGAACGUGCCGUUCCCCAAGCCGCAGGACAGUGAGUGAUUAUUACUGGUCAGUUAGAAAAGGUUGGUUUGGCUUUGUGCUCAUGUGGUUCUGUACAAAAUGCACCUAAUUAUUCAACGGCGAGAGGAGAGUGAGGGCUUCUGUUCUUUGGUGUAGAGGUGUUGUGAUUUUUGUGGUUUCAAGUGUGGAGUGACGAUUAAUCCCAAGCGUCAACUGUUUAUUUAA